GGCUUSCACAGUUCGUUUGCUUCCUCUGCCUUCUCAUAAAUUCAGAUUACUUUCCAAAACUGUUCUAUCGAAUCACUAAAUUCCCAAUAUGGCCGAAGGUGAGAUACUGGUCGUUGGUAUCGCUAUUUUGCUUUAUCUCUGUUUCCGAUUGGAAGCUCUCAGUGAUGGAUUCGCAGAUUCAUUCACUGGAUCACUGCAUUAAUCAUUCAACACCGUGCUCAGAUCUCAACAAUGCUCUUUUCUUUUCCACCAACUUGCGUUAUGGUAUGUUCGGUUCAUUUGAAUUCACGUGUUCAGUCGAAACUACCCCUCCYGUUUCCGAAGAGACUCAAGCCGAAGAACAGGCUCCGAUCACCAACGAAGAAUCGAAGGAACCGACUGCUGCUCCAGUCGCUGCCGAAUUCAAGAAGAAAAAGUCUAUGUUUUCAUCCUUUUGUGGCUGCUUUGGAGGAACUCCCGCCGUAGCGGAAGAAAAAAAAACGGAAGACGAAGUUAAGGAAGAAACCGACAAGCCCGCGGUGGAGGAUAAGCAAGAAGAUACCGAUGUCCAGGCUUAAAGAUGCAAGGCCUUUCGAAUCCCUCGUAGACCUGACGCACAUCGUGUCGUCCUGUCUUGUGUGUCACUCGUUUGUUAGAGUGUUCCCAUGRGAUUUCUAUAUGUAUUGAUUGAUAGAAUGAAUGGUGCUAUCGGUAUGCGACUGGCAGUAAAGUACAUAAAUCAAU